UGGCGCCUCCCCUAAUUUUGCCAUAAGUGCCGAGACCACGUGGGGUCUGGGAAGGAAAGGCUACUGCCACUUCAGAGGUCGGCCUGGGAGGCUGCAUCGCAUCCACAUGGGGUACCAGCCCAUGCACGGCAACGGCGGGACAGCCGGUGCCGGGACAUCAGGCUCCGGCGGCGGCGGCGGCGGAGACCACUUGCGCCACCACCAGCAGCAGCGCCUGCACAGCCCCCGCAUGGCCGGCGGAGGCUCCAUGACGCGCCGGGCCAGCUCGUUCAAGCGCGGCGGGGGCGGCGAGAUCGAGCUCCAGAUCGGCUCUCCGCGCUCGCCGAGGUGCGACGGGUUGGGGAGCCCUCCCUCGGACUCCGUGGAGUCGUCCGGUAGCGGCCUCCUCCUCCACCAGAGCCAGCAGAACCAGCACCUCCGGUUCCGGCUCUUCAAGCCGCCGGUCUCCGGCGGCAGCGCGGUCGGACUUGGUCUGGGGAUCCGCGAGAGGAGGAAGCUCGGGAACAUGCUGUUCCUCGCCUUCUGCGGCGUGUGCUUGCUCCUCGGCGUCGUCAAGAUCUUGGCGGGCGGCUGGUUCGCCCUCCCUGGCAAUGACAAAGACGCCGAUUUGAAGGAUCUCUCUAUCUCCUUCUCUGGUGAGAAAGUGCAUCAAGCUGAUCAUCACUUCGUAUACAUGGGAGGAAAAGAGAGUGACAGGACUUUGAUGACAGUGGAAUCUAGCAUCGGUGGAAGAGAAGACGGUGUGGCUGAGGCCUCUGAUAUCUGGUCUCAGCCAAGCAGUACAAAUUUCAGACAAUGCAUUGUUUCAAACUCUCAUAAAAAGCAAGAUUCUCAUACGAAUGGUUACAUUCUCAUAAAUGCAAAUGGAGGUUUGAAUCAAAUGAGAUUUGGGAUAUGUGACAUGGUUGCUGUUGCUAAGAUCCUGAAGGCAACUCUGGUUCUUCCUUCACUCGAUCAUACAUCCUACUGGGCAGAUGACAGUGAAUUUAAGGACCUUUUCAACUGGAGGCACUUCAUUGAGUCACUGAAAGAAGACAUUGAUAUUGUUGAAACACUUCCCCCUGAAUACAGUGACAUUGAACCUUUGGCUAAAGCUCCGGUAUCUUGGUCGAAGGUGCAUUAUUACAGAGAUGAAAUCCUCCCCCUUCUGAAGAAACACAAAGUCAUUUACUUUACACAUACAGAUUCUCGCCUUGCUAACAAUGGCCUUCCUAGUUACAUUCAGAAAUUAAGAUGCCGAGUUAAUUACAGAUCUUUGAAGUAUUCUCAUACAAUUGAAGAUCUUGGUAAUACCCUAGUUUCAAGAAUGCGUCAGGACCGAAGCCCAUAUCUUGCUCUCCAUCUAAGGUACGAGAAGGACAUGCUAGCUUUUACUGGUUGCAGCCAUAACUUGACAUCAGAAGAAGAGGAGGAACUGCGUAAAAUGCGGUAUGAAGUCAGUCACUGGAAAGAGAAAGAAAUCAAUGCUACUGAGAGAAGAAGCCUUGGUGGCUGUCCUUUGACGCCAAGGGAAACUUCAAUUUUACUCAAAGGACUGGGUUUCACUCGAAGCACCAGAAUUUACUUGGUUGCUGGUGAAGCUUUUGGCAAUGGAAGCAUGAAUGCUCUGAAGGACGAUUUUCCCAAUAUUUAUUCUCAUUCUACGCUGGCAACAGAAGAGGAACUUGCACCCUUCAAAAACCAUCAGAAUAUGCUUGCUGGUCUUGAUUACAUCGUGGCUCUUCAGAGUGAUGUCUUUAUUUACACUUAUGAUGGAAAUAUGGCAAAAGCUGUACAAGGACAUCGUCGUUUUGAGAACUUCAGAAAGACUGUUAAUCCAGACAGGAUGAAUUUUGUGAACCUGAUAGAUGAAUUCGAUGGAGGAAGAGUGCCUUGGGAUAUAUUCAGCUCAGAAGUGAAAAGAUUACACAAAGAUAGAAUAGGUGCUCCAUAUUUUAGGGAGCCUGGCGAAUUCCCAAAGCUAGAAGAGUCUUUCUUUGCAAAUCCCUUGCCUGGCUGUAUAUGUGAGCAACAUAGUGAAGAAUGAAGAUGCAGGUGUGCUGAUGGUUCUUAACCCACGCCUCUGAAGUCAGAAAAUAUAGGCCUCUUACUGCCUGCCAGAUGUUACUUACACCGUUGUCGAGCCACGGUCAGUGAAUUCGUUCCAAUGAAUACACCACUGCUGGGACAAUUAAUUCCAGUCUCAGCCCUUACUGGACUACACAGUAUGGAUAAUGGAUGUUCUGCAACGGGCGUGACUGAAUCAGUUUUUGCACGACUGUAGUAUGAGUGGCUAGGCCUAUGAGGCUAUGAAAUUUGCUGCAAUUGGUACAUAAAAGAUACACACACUGGAGGAGUGUAUGCCGAGGGCUUAUAAUUUUCCACAACUUUUGUACUUGAUUAUUUGUAACAAGACAUUGUUUGCAGAAUUGCACAACUACAUUUGCAAA